UAUUUUUUUUAACAAAUAUUUUCAUUAAUUAUUUAGGUGAAUAUUUUAUGAUUGUGAUAUUUGGUGAGCUUGUAUUAAUUGGUGGCACUUUCUUCCCUCACUCCACUCCCUCUGCCUCAUCAGCCCGCUCAAAUCUCUCUUCUCUGUACUCAUUUUUGUUGGUAGAGAGACGAAGAAGAAGAAGAAGAACCCGAAAAUGCAUGCAUAGCUAGCCCUACUUCAUUUUCCUGUUUUCGGAUUGGACACGACGAUUAGUGAGUCUAGUAAAGUAGUCGAGUAACACUCCCUUUGGUAUGGUUUCUGACAGUUGAUUAGAUAAUAGAUAUGCUUCGUAUUCUCAGUAGAAGAAGACUUGGAAUUUCAGUACUCAGUUAUGAAAUUUUCGGGUCAAACUCGAAUUCUUAUUUGGGCUUUCUUGCUACUAAUACUACUAUUACUGCUACCUUCUCUUCAUCUGUAACGACUGUUCUGAAAAAAUCUGAAAAGGGUAAUUCUUCUACUUCUACGGUAGCUUACCUUGUAAACUCAUGUGGGUUGUCCCCAGAAUCCGCCAUUGUUGCUUCCCGCAAGUUAAAGCUCAAAAACCCAGAAAGAGCUGAUUCUGUAUUGGCAUUCUUUAGAGAGCACGAAUUCUCGGAUACCCAGUUCUCAAAAAUUGUUAGGUUACGGCCACGGAUUCUUUCAGCGGAUCCGAAGAAAACUUUCUUGCCAAAGUUUGAGUUUUUCUACUCAAAAGGGUAUUCAAAGAAGGACCUGGCGAGUCUUAUAUAUGCUGAUACUCGUAUUUUGUAUAGAAGCUUGGAUAAGAACAUUGCACCUAUUUAUAACCUACUCAAGAGUGUUUUGCCUAAUGAGCUUUUGGUCUAUGGUUCGAAGCACCAAAGGGUAUCCUUACUUCAAAAUUGGAAAUCUGUGAUUGCCAAUCUUGGGUUGUCGAAAGAUUUAGGUUUCACUAAUAUUGCUUUUCUGUUGCAAAAUUUUCCUGAGAUUCUGAUCCUGAAACCUGAAAGAUUUAGUAGUAUUGUGGAUAAGGUUAAAGACAUGGGAUUUUGUCCAAAGAAAUUCACUUUCUGGUUUGCAGUUUGCACUUUCUCUAGGAAGGAUUUUAACAGAACUUGGAACAGGAAUUGCAAGGCUUACAUGAGGUUCGGUUGGUCUGAAGAUGAUAUUCUAAAUGCAUUUAAGAGGCACCCGAAUUGCAUGGCUAUGUCUGAAAAUAAGAUAGAGAAAACAAUGGAUUUUCUGGUAAACAAGAUGGGGUGGUCCUCAAAAAAUAUUGUAAAGUGUCCGGUGGUUCUGUUUUACAGCUUUGAGAAGAGAAUUCUACCCAGAUGUUCUGUUGUUCAAGUUUUAUUGGGAAAGGGAUUGAUCAAAAAAGAUAUCAGCUUUUGUGGUGUGAUUCAAAGUGUUGAGUCAAAGUUCUUGAAGAAGUAUGUGACCAAGUAUCAUGAGCAAGUUCCUACUCUUUUGAGUGUGUACAAAGGGAACAUAGAUGUUAAAGAUGAAUAACAAUAGAAACAUGUUUUCGCCUUUUUUUCUUUUUGUGUAAACAAGAGUUUGGUAUGCUAGUGAUAAAGCAAUUUGAAGCAAAUAAUAUAAACUUUUCUUGUGUACUUGUGUUUUAUGCAUUUGCUGCUAGUGCUUGUGUGCCUGUAAAAUUUCAGUACUUUUCAAAAGUUUGUUUUUGUGAAAUAUGAUUAUCUUCUUCU